AUGCGAAAGCGGUAUAACUUUGGGACUGAUAUUAAUGACAACAAAACAACAUUCAACGAUGUUCCGGAUAAAAUGCUAGGUCUUGAAUGCGGGAGUGGCAGACAAGGAGUGGCGCAUCCGGUUGCUGGGAGAAAGUAUGUGCUACACAGGAAAAUUCAAAAUCAGCACGGCACUCAGUCCCUUGAUGACAGUGAAGUGGAAUGGAGAUGCGUUAACGGUAUUCGUUUGCUAACUGUUCUUUGGAUUUUGAACUGUUUUGAGCAAAUAGAAAGAGGCGAACUCCAACAAGCCUGCUUGGAUUUUUACUCAAGAUUGUUCGGGGAAAUGAAUCCUCGACAAAUUACUGAAAAAGUUUAUGAAACACAUUUAAGCGAAGAUCACAUUGUGCUCUUUGUGGACUGUUUAAACGUUCAGCUGGAAGUAUGGGAAUGCAGUUGCAGCGGCGAUUUAAAUACGAGGCCUGUUAAGGUGCCAACCUUAACUGCGGAAGAAAAUUUGCCUGGCCGACCUCAUUUGCCAUUUGUGAAAUUUAAUCACGGAAAUUUUUUUUAUCCAUUGUACAUUUGUCAGAAAUAA